CGAAAAUAAUCACACGGAAGCCUCCGGGUGUGAGCCAAAGCACGUACCAAAUUUUGAAACAACUAGUUGCAGAUUCCACUUCACGACCCAGCAUCAUCGUUUACGUAUACACGACGAAAUUACUGGCAGCAUAAGACGACGUAUGGCUACAGUUGCAGAUAUAUCAGCUUCGAACGUAACUCUCGAAUUUUUACAGGCUGCUAAAAGCAAACCUCUGUGAACGUAGGCUGUUCUAAUUCUUACUUCUUAAUUAUGGAUCUCACUACUGCCACCGAGCCAGAAACACGCGCAAAAGCUCACUUGGCUUCGAAUCCGACGAACAAGACAAAUGGCUUUGAGCCUUCGAGCAGACCCAAUGCCUGGAUGGAGGUAGGUCAAGCAGCCUAUGACUUUCGGUCGGACUACGUGACUUCGCCUACUCCUGCCAUGCUCGAAAGCAUUAUCAAAACAACCUUGCUCGACGACGUGAUGAUGGAAGAUCCGACAACGAACUCUUUCCAAGAUUUCAUGGCAGACUUGACAGGAAAAGAAGCCGCACUAUUGGUCUCCUCGGGAACCAUGGGAAAUCAGAUCGCUCUGCGAUCAGCCCUGACCUCUCCUCCAUACUCCAUUCUAUGCGAUUCUCGAGGACACAUCUUACACAUGGAGGCAGGAGGUGCAGCUACGCUAUGGGGAGCAUUAGUGGAAGGCAUUCAGCCAUCCAACGGCCAUCAUCUCACCGUGGCUGAUAUUCAGAAGUCGGCGGUACUUAGGGAAACGGUGUACGAUUGCCCGACUCGAGUCAUCAGUUUGGAGAAUACCCUAUCUGGUACCAUCAUGCCUCUCAGUGAAGUACGAGCUAUCUCAGCUUGGGCGCGCUCACAAAACCCCGCAAUUCAUAUGCAUCUGGACGGGGCUCGUCUUUGGGAAGCUGUUGCGGCUGGUGCUGGCGAGCUCAAGGAGUUCACUGAAUGCUUCGAUAGCGUGUCCCUGUGUUUUACGAAAGGGUUGGGAGCCCCAAUUGGGUCUAUAAUUGUUGGUCCAUCCUCUUUCAUCAAGAGAGCCAGAAUCACAAGGAAAGUGAUGGGCGGUGGGAUGCGGCAGACUGGUAUCAUCGCAGCGCCGGCGCGUGUCGCCGUGGAACAGGUCUUUUUAGGAAAGCAGUUGAAGAAAGCACAAGACACAGCAAAGUUCAUCGCAGAUGCGUGGAUUUCCAUGGGAGGUAAGUUACUGAAGCCCACUGAAACCAAUAUGAUCUGGUUGGACUUGGAUGCCGCCGGUAUAGACAAGCUAUACUUCGCAAAAGUAGCUAGAGAGAUUGGCGUGAGGACAAUGGAGGGUCACUUGGAGGAUAGACUGGUUGUGCAUUAUCAGAUCUGCCAGGAUGCUGUCGAUAUCAUCAUCAACGUCUUUCGUGUAGUGCUGCAAAAUAGCCAUUGUAUUUGAUCAAGUUUUUUUUAUCCUAUCUAUUGAUAGCUACCAAGGGAAGAGAAUUACAUUUCCGAUUCUGCAUCUCAUCACCGAAAGACUUUCGC